CUGUGCUGCACUGAUGUCGGUGUUGGGACCUCAGCUGUAAGAGACCUCGCUUGGAGGAGGGAGAGGACAACCCAAGUUGUUCAAGUAUGGACUUCGGAGAGCCACAGGAUGCUACCUAUGAUCCUGAUGACUCGAUCACAGUCUUGACUGAGUCAGCAGAUGUGACAAUGGAAUCUUCCAACCCUGUUCAUAAGACACCCACAAAUAUUGUCUAUGAAAACUGCCUCCUGGAGCUGUUUGAGGUGUGGCCUGUGUGUCGGCGGGGGACAGAUGUAAUAUUUAAGCCGGUGAAAGCAGAUGCAACCCUCCGUCACCAUGCCAGCGGGAAAACAUCAACGGAGCAACUUCAUUCUGUUGAUAAUGGCUUUGUCAGUCAUGUUGGAGGACUGCAGGGUCCAUGGCUGUUGGACUGGCUCUGGUUCAGAGUGUGAAAAAGCUAAUUUUGUCCCAGGCUACAACCUGGCAGGACAGGGCUUCGAUGUGGUGAAGAUGAAACAAACGGGCACGUAUGCCAUCAACGUCAGAGCUUACCUGGAUGACAACCACACCUGCACACUGUGUCCCAACCGGUUCCAAAACGGACAGAUUCAGAAGCUUCCAGCGGCGGUGCUGGACUGGCGUCCCCUCAGCCGCUGCAGUAAGCAGCUUUCUAGUGGCCUGCACCACUCGGUGGAAUCCCUGCUGCGCAGCUCCAACUCCCUGGUUAGCAACAACUGGAACGUGAAUUUGGGCCUCGACAACGUUGUCACGGCAGAGCUGGGAGGAAGCGAAUCCGAACUGGCAAAGUUUGCUAAUAAACAGCACAGCGAGGGCAAGACCACUUUUGUCACCCAUGAACUCAGUUGCACCUUCUACAGCUACAGGCUGGCUGAUCAUCCCCAGCUGAGUACAGAUUUUAAAAAGCAUCUGAACCGACUCUCACCGAGUUUAAACACAAGCCAGGACAUAGUCAACUACAUGCGUCUGAUAGACACCUAUGGAACACACUAUAUACAACAGGUCCAACUUGGCGGAAAGGUGAAGCGAAUCACUGCCUUGAGGACCUGUGUGGCCAUACUGAAUGGUUACUCAGAGUACGAGAUCAAUAACUGCCUGAACUCCGAAGUCCAAAUGUCUCUAGGUUUGCCCUCUGCUAAAGCAUCCUUCUCCUACAAGUGUGAAAACUUCCUGAAAGGCAGAAUGAGUAGGAGCAUAGGCUUCUACCAAGCCUUCAUGACCCGUGAGACCGAGGUUAUCGGGGGGGGGAAGUUCAUCUCUAACAUCCUCUACCAGCAAGACCAAUCUGAAGCGUUCCGCAGCUGGAUGAACAGCCUCCACGACCACCCUGAUGUGGUUUCCUAUGCCAUCCUCCCUCUGCACGGUUUGGUGGAGGACCCACAGAUCAGUGCCAAUCUGAAAAGCAUUGUCACUCUCUACAUUACAUGGCACUACAUGAUGGAUUGGCAUCCUCCUUCCAAGAGCUGUUCCCCAACUCAUAACCUUGAUCGCCACUGUUGUCCAUUAAGGGUUGGCAGAGGAACCUUCAAACUUUGGAAUCUAAGAGCUGACGGCCUGAAUUCGGACCCCUUCUCACGAACAGACGCCUACGUGAAAAUCCGCUACCACGACCAUUACCAGAAAGCUGACACGAUAGAUAACAAGAAUUACCCACGGUGGGACAAAACAUUUGAUUUUGGUUCUGUUGAACUGUCUCACAAGCUGACAUUGGAAGUCUGGGAUGAGGAUGUGCACUAUGAUGACCACAUUGCGACAUGUUCGAAUUAUGUUAAGAGGGGAAGUUACUCCAUGAUCUGUGAGCUCAGUCCAAGUUCCGGAUCUCUCCACUUCGACUACUCCGUCACAUGUGAUGCUCACUUGACAGGCAUUAGGUGUGAAAGCUACUCCCCCGAUGCUUAGUAGGUUGUUAGGUGACAAUGUUUCAACAUAGAUUUAGAUAUAUAGAUGAUGUUCAAGUUUAAUAUAUUUGCCAUUUUAUUAUUGCAUUUGAACUAUAAACACAAAAAUGUCAUGUUAUAAUCUUGUAGUAAACAUUAAUUUAACCAGAAACCAGUUGUCUUCUAUGUAAACAAUGCCUUGUAAUGUUUCUGCAUUUAUCAACCAAAGUCAAUGUCCUUCUACAUCCAUCAUACAUAACCAAAUAAAGAAAUGUCGAUUCAAGACACUGAUACAUA